UUGGAUUUUAUUUCUCACUUUCACAUGCGUCGUGCGCAUCGUGCGCAAAAGUAAGUACGUUCGUCUUGUCUUAAGCUCGGCGAGGUCUGAAGUUGGCUAUGAGGGGAGCUUUCUGCACUUUCGACUCCCAACCGUGGGAGCCUGUGUACAAUAUGUUCCGUGUUCCGUUUCAUUGAGCUGUGUGAAUAUAACAGUACAAAUUUACAUAACCUAUUCCGUUCUCGCAUUUUUCCUUAUCUUACCUAUGUAAAAAAAUUGCGAACAAAUAAAAGCAAACUGUAUACAAGUAUAAGUUAUAUUUUAAACAUAUAUAUAAUGGGUGACAGUGAUGAAAAUGGUGCAAACUCUAAUGAGUUUUAUGCAUAUUUAUAUGUUCAUAUUUUACCAAAGGAAACUGGUGCAAAGUCGCAAAGAGAAAUCAUCCCUGCCGAUGUUAUAAAAAAGUUCAAAUACGAAACUUACAAAAACAAUAAAAACAUUUACAAAGAAACAAAAUUUAGUUUUAGAAGAGGUCCUGGUGGCGAAAAACUUAAGUGCUAUGUUCUUUAUGCUGCAGAUACCUAUAACGAAGUGCUUAGUAAAUCUAUAUCGAAAAGAUUUUCAGUCCAACACAUAGUACAACACUUGAUGAUAUUGAAACUUCUCAUCAGUUACAUGAUAAUACUAAUGUUAGCAACCAAGAAAACGAGGGCAAUGAUUUAUCACUUGAAGAAUAUUGUGAUGAUGAUAUAGUCAACGAUCAAGAUGAUGACAAUAGAAAGAAAAUGCUUUCAAAUAAUAAACGGAAACUAAAGGCAAUAAAUAAAGAGAGAAAGAAACAGAAAGUUCAUCGAGAGAAUAAUGUUCUAAAAAAGUAUAUAAAUCAAAGACAAAAUGAAAGUGUAAGUGAUAUUGAAGAUCCAAGUUUUUUUACUACGGAAACUUCUACUCCGAUAAAAGAUAUUAGUAAUAUUCCUAGACAAAAAGAUGGUAUCGCAGAACUAUCAAAACAAGCAAAUAGUUACAAAAAGUUGUACAUUGCUGAAAGGAAAAAAAAUGAAGACCUUAGAAAUAUGUUAAGGGAACUCCAGCCAACAUCAGAAAAUCCCAAUCCGAAUGAAGAAAACGCCCAACAUAUUAAUAAGCAAAGUGGAAGAACAUUAUCUAGAAACAGUAAUGAGAGUGAUUCCCACAGUUCUGCGGUUAAUCCGUUUUAUCAUUAUGAUACCAUUUAUACUUUCGAAUCUGAUGAAAAAUUAAAUUACGAUGAAUUUGGAAAUGUCUUGCUCGCACAUGGGGUCCCUUGUAAUCCUAAAGCAUACAACGAUAGUUGGAAAACAAAAUCACCAAGUAAAUGCCUGGCAAUUUUAAGUCAAGGAGUGUACGAAUUCAAAGAUUUGGCAGAGCGCUGCGUAAGAAAGCAGAAGAAUACCAAAGACAAAAAAAAGUUGGAUCCAUUGAAGACAGUUGCUUUAGAAAAGCAAGUUUAUAAGUUUAUGCGAAUCAAAAAUUUAAAUAUAGAUGAUAUAGACCCUACUGAAAAAAGUCACGUGAUUAUCACGUGAUAAUCGCGUGAUAUUUUCAACCAAUUUAUCACGUGAUAAUCACAUGAUAUUCUGAAAAA